GGCGGGGUGCGCGGCCUCGCCCCAGGGCGGGGCUCUGCGCUCCGAGGGGAAUCCCGGUGACGUAAGGGGAACCCCGGCGCGCGCCCCCCGCCGGCCGCCGCUCGGGGUCCCGGAGCGCUGUCCCCGGGUGCCGCCGGCAUCGGUCGCUGUCUUCCCCGUCCUCCCGCCGCCCCUCGCGCCCCGCCUUGCGGCCCGCCCCGGCGGCAGCGGGACGGGAGGGGCGCGGCGAUCCCCGCCCGACGCAGCCCUCGGCUGUCCGAUGGGCUGGCGGGAGGUGCGGCGGGGCGGGGAAGAGAGGGGAGAGGCCCCGCGCGGGGAGGACCGCUAAGUGCCAGAUGUUUGGCAGCAGUCAGGGAGGAAGUCGCUGCCGGGGCCCCGAGUCCCGCCCGAGCCGCGCCGGAGUAGGCAGGGCCGCGCCAUGGCCCGCACGGCUCCCCCGACAGUGCCGCCGCCGCCGGGGCCGCCGGCCCGCGGCUCUCUCAGCCUCCACCGCGCCUACCUGCGGAGCCCGCUGGGCCUCCUGCGCCUGGGGCAGCUGGCUCUGGGCGCUGCCUUCUGGGUGACGGUAGCGGCUCACAAGUACGAGGGGGCGGCCCACUUCGCUCUGUUUGCCGCCGUCCUCAUCUGGCUCCUCACCCUGGCCCUCUUCGGGCUGAGCCUGCUGGGGCGCUGGGAGCUGGUGCCCUGGCUGGGCUCCCGCUGGCUCCUCACCAACCUGGUGCACGACCUGGCACUGGGUGUGGGGCUCUACGCAGCUGCCACUGGCAUCAUGGGUCACAAGGCCAAGCAGAGAAGCUUCUGCAACCUGCCGGGCUACAGCCAGCACUGCCUGUACAGUGCCUACCUGAGCGCCUCCAUCUGCGGGGGCAUCACUGCCUGCCUGUACCUCUUCUCCGGGCUCUAUUGCCUGUUGCGGCGUUGCCAGGACCAGCGAGACAUCAUCUGAGACCCCGUGCCACUCGGCUCCCCUUCUCAGCCGCAGACAGAACACAGCCUGCCUUUGGGAUGAAACGACCCUGCCGCCCCAUCCCCUCCUGGCUGACUGCACUGCAAUUCCUCCAGAGACUCCUGCACAGACGGACGGACAGACAGAGGCCUUCGCGGAGCACAGCUUCCCCGGCAGCGCACCGAGGCAGCGUGGACACCCAGCCACUGCACAGGCCCUUCUCCCAGCCCUUGACAGACGUAGGUACUGCAAGUGGAAGGAGCCAAAUGGAGAGCCCCUAAGAGGGACACCAAUCUUUGGGAGCCCCCCCUAGGACUCAAGCCAAAAUCCCCUGCCCCUGGUCUUGCAGAUGCUGCAUGCUCAGGUGGGUGCUGACUAUUCCCUGGGGUAGAGGGGGGAUGCCUGUGGGAGCUGAGCUGGGGGCAGCAGUGCCUAGUGGAGUUGGAUGGGCAUAAACCCCCCUGACCUGCUGGCAGCUCUGUGUUGUCAUUCCAGCUGCAUGGCGCCUCCACAAUUCCCUAAGGGAGUCUCUGAACUUGGCUUCCCCAGCCUGGGCCCCUCCUUCUGUCUGGCCUGAAAACAUCCUUUAUCUUAUUGGAGCUGCAAAGGGCUCAGUGCCUCCCUGCCCUGCACUCAAGGGGUGUGGAGACACCCAGGUACUGCACAGCCACAUCCAGCAUCACCCCAGUCCAGUUUGGAGACUGAGAAGGGCAGCAAGGCCUCCAUUGCUGUGGAGAGAGAGGAAGGACAAGUGGAGCUGUAAC